GGGCGCCGCUCGAGCCGUCUUUUUUCAUUUUGCGUGCGUCUUUUUUUGGCAGCGCGCGUUAACCUUGGAUUUUUUCAUAGCGAAGCGCUGCACGUACGCGCACAAGUUUCGGAUAGUCGUAGAGCGUCCCCCACUCGUCGCGUCCGAAUUUUCUGCAUUCGGGCGGCGCGAGGAGUUUUCGGCAGUCGCAUUAGCGAGCGAGAGCGUGCGGCGGCUAGAGCGAGCUGACGGCUGAGGGUCGGGUCGGGCGCGGGAUUGUGACGCGGAUUGUGCACUGGCGCGAGCGCGAGCGCGGGAUUGUGGCGCGCUGCACUAUGCGGAAGUGAGCAGUACGCAGCGAGCACGGACAUCGCCGCACCACAGUGCUAGUGUUACGACAGUGAUACGCAUUACGCAGUGGACGCCUAGUGCGAACUAUGAUAUUUGUGACCGGCUCACUGGAGCUCUAAUGUUUCUCUAUUGACGAACACACGGACUGUGGAAUUACUGGAUAUUCAUGGAAUCAAGGGCAGGUAUACGAGGCGGCCCGGGUAUGGACUCCCAGCAGCAGCAAUACUGCCUAAAAUGGAACAGCUUCGGCUCCAACCUGGCCACGUCGUUCGCGAACCUCUGGAAUUCGGAGAGUCUCGCCGACGUCACGCUGUACUGCGAAGGUCGUCAGUUCAAAGCGCACAAGGUGAUACUGGCGGCGUGCAGCAAACACUUCCAGGAGCUGUUCGACAGCGCGCCUCCGAGCCAUGCGGGCGCCUGCUAUGUCAUCCUGGAGGCUACCAGCGCCGACAACAUGCAGGCGUUGCUCGAGUUCAUGUACAAGGGCGAAGUGCACGUCAGCCAGGACGCGCUGUCCAGCUUCCUCAAGAGCGGAGAAAACUUACAGGUUAAGGGCCUGUCAAUGGAAAUGUCACAAGACGCUUGGGUGAAGCAACAGACACAGCAGUCGACCGGCGAGCGUCAUCAGACCAGGAUCAAGACGAGCCCGGUGUCGGGGUCGGGGAGUUGCGAGGCGCAGGAGGCGACGCCUCAGUCACACACGGCCACAUUCGCGCCCAUCAUGCCGCAGUAUGGCGUGCCCAUACACAGCAGCGGCGGUAUGGGUCGGUACGCGCCGCCGGCACACAUGCCUAUGCAUCAGCCGUCGCACCGGCGACCGGCUGCUCCCAAAACUGUACCCAGUCCGCAUGCAAGGAACUACAGGCAAAGUUCGUCAUCGUCGCACUGCGGCAGCGUGGCGGAUGAGCCGGAUACGCGGUCAUCGCCAGGCGCCGGGGCUGGAGGGGGCGCGGGAGCAGGGGCAGGCGCGCGUUACGAGGACGCGCCCGCGGAGUGCACCUCCACUCUUGCCAACCCCAAGAACAACGGCUACGAGCGCAGCGCUAGCGCCAACGAGGACAUGGAGCGCCUCUCCAAUGAUCAGGGAGCUGAAGAUUUACGGAUAAAGAGUGAGAACGACUACCAGGGUGGGUACAACAAUUCGCCGCCACCGGCAUUGCCCAUGCCGACCACCAACUACCACGACAAGCCAGCGGAGACGUCGCCCGUGCCGCAGAAGACGAGCCCUGACAUCUGGCCAGCUAAGAUCAUAACAAGUAAAUCCGGAGGAAUUGCUACUGCUGAUGGUAAAAAACUAAAAUGUCCAUAUUGCGAGCGACUGUACGGGUACGAGACGAACUUGCGCGCGCACAUCCGGCAGCGGCACCAGGGCAUCCGCGUGCCGUGUCCUCACUGCACGCGCACAUUCACGCGCAAUAACACCGUGCGCCGGCACAUUGCGCGUGAGCACCGCCACGCCGUCGCGCCCCUCCACCAGGGCCCUCUCCCCAACCACACGCAGUAAGACUUACAUUUAAUUCCCUACAAAUUCUCUAACAACCAAUCUACCUCUGAAACUUCGACCGGCUAGGGUGACCUCUAUUAGAAUUACGAUUUAAGAUUGUCCCGUUUAUAUUUUAUAAAUCAUGGUCAUCCUAGCCGAGUCUCUAUUUUCGUAAAAACGUACAAUAAUUAUACCUCAAUGAUGCAUAUUAUGUAAACAGUCUACCUCAGAAUUUGAUCUUAGGAUUUUUAUAAGGUUUUCGGAAGUUUUGCGAUUUAUAAAUGUUACUUAAUUUUGUUUUUUUUAUUGUGUCAGUCACGUGUUGACUUCGAACGGUUGCUCAUCGCUCGUCUUUACUACCUCGGUACCGUGUUUAAAAAAAUAUAGUACCCUACUUUUCGUACCCCUGGAAGUGUUAUGUACCUUAAUUUGACUGUGAGAUAAAGUUACCUUUGUAGACGAUUUAUUUUGAGCUCUCGGUCGAGUGAGACAUGGCUUAUUUUAUAUUAUCUGAGCUAGGGAAUCUUAGAAAUGAUGUUGAGACUGAUGGUCAUAGGCUAAGUGUAUGUAAAUAAUAGGAGAAUAUUGUAUUACGCCUUGGCCUAGGUUGAGACACGCGUUAAACAUGACUUUGUGGCAAAUUUAUAAUUAUUAUUAUUUUAUUUUUAUAUACAUUACAUACGCAAUAUGCAAUAGUCUGUUAUAUACGGGUUAAAGUUUGUAAUUUUUUAAACGCAUCUGUGAUACAAUAGUGAACUGGCUCUAUAUUUGUUAUAACUCUAUAUAACUUUUGCCACAUUGUCAUUGAAAGUUGACGUUUUAAGUGUUGAGAUAGCGGUAUAAACAAUGAAUCCGAACAGUUUUAGUUUGUACCAAGUACAAUUUUGCCCUAGAUACAUAAGUAGUUAGGUAAAAAAGUGUUAUUAAUUUUUUUUUGUGUGUACGUUUUUGAGGCAUGAUUGUCCUACAAUCUGUUACUGUCGUUCGCACCGGGUCGCAUCGCCUGCGCGGAUGUUACUAUUGAGACCAAAUUAUUAUAUGUUUUAACGCGAUGGUGUCGAUUUUAACAUUCCGUUGUUUUGUUUAAUGAUAGUGCAUUUAUAAGAAGGACACUUGCUACUUUUAUUUACCUAGUCAUGACAAGUGCAACCGGUUGAGAUUUAAAAGAUAAAUAUUUAAUUAAGUUGCGUUGUCGGCGCAAUUGUAUUAUAACGUGUGUGCGCCGGCGCCGGCGGCCGCGGUCUUUUAAACCUAACAUUUAAUAUCCGAGCUAUUCAAUUACUAAGUUUAACUUAAAGUGGGACAGUGCCAAAUAUCCUCAUUAAGUUCACAUAUUUUAUUUAUUUAUUCCUCUUUUUUGUUAAGUGUGGAUGCAGCGACUGCGUGUUUACAUUCCUGAUAUUUAGGAAUGAGUUGCAUUCAUAUUUAUUUAUAAUUUAGGAUACACUGAAUUAUUAUAUACUAUUUGCUUUAUGAAGGCUCAGUGAUUUCUUUAUCUUAGGUGUCAUCAAUUUUUUUUCUAUUUAAGUGGUUCGUUAUAUACAGUUUUUUUUUUCGUAAAACGGAGUAUAAAUAGUUACACAAGAUCGAAAUACUAGUAAUGUCACGUCAUACACAAUAAUAGUUUAUUUUUUACAAUUUUAUAAAAUCAAAUUAAAUUUAAACGAAAAACAAUCAAAUAAACGCAUGUUAUA